AUGGAUAAUCACUCUGCAUCACUCAGGACCCCUAAAUACAAAGCCAGGCUGCCAUAUCCUCAGAAACUCCAUAAGACAGAGAAGGAUGAGCAAUUUACCAAAUUUCGGGAUAUCCUCAAGACGCUCGAGAUCAAGAUCCCAUUUGAUGAAGCUCUUGAGCAGAUACCUUCCUGUGCUAAGUUCAUGAAGGACAUAAUGAGCCACAAACGGGAAUGGAAGGAGGCAGGGACAAUUUUUCUCACUAAGGAAUGCAGUGCGGUAAUCCAGAGAAACUUACCAGAGAAACUACAGGACCCUGGGAGUUUUGUGAUACCCUACACCCUUGGAGAAACAUACAUCAGGACUGCCCUAUGUGAUCUUGGAGCAAGGAUCAACCUGAUGCCGUCAUCAUUAAUGAACAAGCUCGGGAUCCAAGAACCCAUGCCUACCCGCAUCUGUCUUCAACUUGCUGAUGGCUCCAUCAAGAUCCCAUCAGGGGUGGUUGAGGAUAUGAUUGUUAGGGUUGGACCCUUUGCAUAUCUCAUAGACUUUGUGAUCCUAGAUAUGAAAGAGAACAGGAACGCCUCCAUUAUUUUAUGUAGACCUUUUCUGGCCACAGGGGGAACCAUCAUUGACGUUCGGAAGGGGGAAGUAACACUGAGAGUCGAUAAGGAUGAGUUCACAUUCAAUGCUGUCAAGGCCAUCCAACAUCCUGACCCCCCCAGAGGAAUGCAUAAAAAUCAAUGUUAUAGAACCCCUGGUUGA